AUGUCCUCAAAUAAUACCUCGGACGCGAGCUCAGCGACCGCAUCCUCGACUUCCUCAAGGCUCAACAAUUCAUCAUAUGGAACCCAGCCACGACAGACUGGUUUCAUAAUAGAGGAAUUAUCUUCAGAAUCAGAGUCGUAUCCCAUUGCGGGAUAUUCCAAUAAUAUGACGACCACAACACAAACCGCGAAGAUCCCGGACAUUUUCACCACUCUUCCUCCAGUCCGCGAUCUGCUCAAUACUCAAACGUCACUUCUUCAGGAUCAGACGGUCCAAGAAUGUCUCCCCUUUCACUUGAACAAUUUGGGACUCCCAAUCAAUCCACAUGGUCUUCCGCAUCUGGAUAGGAAACGACAUAUCGCGUUUCUCCAUAAGAAUCUUAGGAGAUUGCCAGCGGCUUUUACGGCCGCGGAUGCAAGUAGACCGUGGAUGUUUUAUUGGGCAUUAGCUGGAUUGGCUACGAUGGGGGAGAGCUUAGAAGACUACACAGAGAGGCUGUUGAGCACCGUGAAGCCGAUUCAGCAUCCUGAUGGCGGGUUUGGUGGGGGAAAUGGUCAGAUGAGCCAUUUGGCUCCUACUUAUGCUGUGCUUUUGAGUUUGGUUAUGGUUGCUGGGGGUGACGUGAGCGAGGAUGAGAGGAGGGAGGUCUUGGAAUUGGUAAACAGAAGAGCUAUGUGGAAAUGGCUUGGAAGAUUGAAGCAGAGAGAUGGAGGGUUUCAGAUGAGUGUAGGAGGGGAAGAGGAUGUGAGAGGUGCAUAUUGUGCGAUGGUUAUCAUUACUCUGCUUGAUUUGCCCUUGGAUUUACCUGUAGAUUCCCCGGCGAGGUCAGAUGAGUGCACAACGUUUCUGUCAGGUCUGCCAGAAUGGGUUGCUAGAUGUCAAACUUUUGAGGGAGGAAUUUCCGGAAGACCGGACGCAGAAGCACAUGGUGCUUAUGCGUUCUGUGCGUUGGCUUGUUUAUGUAUUAUUGACGAUCCGCAUAUUGUCAUACCCAAAUAUCUCGAUGUGCCACGUCUGAUAUCCUGGUUAUCGGCUCGUCAGUACGCACCUGAGGGAGGAUUUGCAGGUCGUACGAAUAAGCUAGUAGAUGGGUGUUAUAGUCACUGGGUCGGAGGAUGCUGGCCACUGCUUGAGGCUUGCCUUGAAGGACCUACCACGGCAUCUACUACGAAAGCAUCAAGUACAGAUAGUCUUUACUCCCGCGAAGGACUUAUCCGAUACAUCCUGAGCUGUUGUCAAGACCAGGGGAAACGAGGAGGGUUACGAGAUAAACCAAGCCACAACUCUGACUCGUAUCACACAUGCUAUGUUCUCGCCGGCCUAAGCUCUGCACAACAUAAGUGGCGCUUCAACGCUCCUGCAAGAAGUAGUACCGAACGGCCCGAAACUUUAAGCUCAGCCUAUCAAUGGACCUCCGAGUUUUUGUUUGACGAGGAGCAGAUUUUCGAUGAGGAAGAUCGCGUGCUGACUUUGCAUCCAGUUUUUGUCAUCCCCGAAGGUAUUGCAGAACAGACGCGAGCAUACUUUGCUUCCAAGAUCGGGUUCUAG